CAAAAGAAAGACUCGCACUCUUUUUCGGCAUAGAAGCUAUAAGAUAUACCAACUCAACCAAAUAAAACGCGUCCUUGUUUUGGAGGCUCUCAACUCUUUUUCCAUUUUUCUUUUUCACUUCACACUUCAAUUUAUUUUUGGCUAUAUAUAAAUACAAACUUCUUAACCUCAAAUCAAACCUAGCCACAUUCCUCGUUCACAAUUUCACAAACAAACUCUACCAAACAUAAAAUCCACAAUCAAACGAAACAAAAUCCUCUGUUUUUCAAUGGCUCUGUUUUCCUCUGUUCCACUCUGCAUAUUUCUCUUACCCUUAUUUUUCUUCACAUGUUUCUCAACAAAACCUAUCAACAACCAUGUAAAUGAUUCUUUCUCCCUUUCUUUUUCUUUAACAUCACUUCCAAUCUCAUCAAAUUCAAAAACCAAAACCAAUUCAAAGUUUACAACCCUUUCAACAUCUUCAUUAAAUGUAAAAUCUUCUUUCAAAUAUUCAAUGGCUCUUGUUGUUACUCUUCCCAUUGGAACUCCACCACAGCUUCAACAAAUGGUUCUGGACACUGGCAGCCAACUUUCAUGGAUUCAAUGUCACAAUAAAACACCAAAAAAACAACAACCUACAACGUCCUUUGAUCCUUCUCUUUCUUCUUCAUUCUAUGUUCUUCCUUGUAACCACCCUCUUUGUAAACCCCGUGUUCCCGAUUUUACCCUUCCUACCGAUUGCGAUGAGAAUCGUUUAUGUCACUAUUCUUAUUUCUAUGCCGAUGGAACUUACGCUGAGGGUAAUUUGGUCAGAGAAAAAUUAACUUUUUCGCCUUCCCAAAGUACCCCUCCCAUCAUCCUCGGUUGUGCUACUCAAUCCGACGAUGCUGCGGGUAUUUUGGGAAUGAAUUUGGGUCGACUCUCUUUUCCUUCACAAGCUAAGAUUACUAAAUUCUCGUAUUGUGUCCCUACCAAACAAACCGAACCAGUAACAGGUUCUUUUUAUCUAGGAAACAAUCCUGAUUCGUCACGUUUUCAAUACGUUGACUUGAUGAGUUUUAGUCAAAGUCAACGCAUGCCGAACUUGGACCCUUUAGCUUACACGCUCCCGUUGCAAGGGAUUAGUAUUGGAGGAAAGAAAUUAAACAUUCCUCCAUCUGUUUUUAAACCUAACGCGGGUGGGUCGGGUCAAACUAUGAUUGAUUCUGGAUCCGAAUUAACUUACUUGGUGGACGAGGCUUAUGAUAUUAUACGUGAGGAGUUGGUUAAAAAGGUGGGGCCCAAAAUUAAAAAGGGCUACGUGUAUGGUGAUGUAGCUGACAUUUGUUUUGAUGGUAAUGCCAUUGAGAUCGGACGGUUGGUGGGGGAUAUGGUGUUUGAGUUUGAGAAAGGUGUCAAUAUAGUCAUUCCAAAAGAGAGGGUUCUUGCUGACGUGGGUGGUGGGGUCCACUGUUUGGGAAUCGGAAGAUCCGAAAGACUAGGUUCGGGCGGUAACAUUAUUGGCAACUUCCAUCAACAAAAUCUAUGGGUAGAGUUUGAUCUCGCCAAUCGUAAAGUGGGUUUCGCUGAGGCUGAUUGUAGUAAAUCAACUAAAUAAAACAUCAUAAACAAAAUAUUUUUUCUACAA